CCAACCCUCUCUCUACACACACUCACAUUCAUCUCACUAUCAGGACAUUAUAAUCACCUCAAUCACCUCGCAGCGACUGGUUCAUAUGGCACUGCACUCGCAUUGCUACAACGAGUAUCUUUAAUCGCACUCGACACAUUCAACUUGUAAUCUCACCCCCUCCCACCCUCCUUUAGGCGGCCGCCGCUCACGACAAUGGCGGUCACCCAACCUCCUUCCCUCCCUUACAUUCGGGACGAAGCUUCGACAUCUCAGCAACUUUCGGCCUACCCCAGCUACCCUGCCCACGAGGAAUACGAGGCAGAGCGCGAUCUCGGAGAUCACCUAGAGGAAGAGGAUGCUGAACAAGUUGCCGCAACCCAGUAUUGGUCAACCAAGCGUCACUCGAGUCGCCAGGGCAAGUCCAAGACGGACGAGGAGACGGCCCUCCCUUGGAGAUUGCGAUCGAGGCUCAAGACGGUCAACGGUGGCCUAUUCCUAUGCCUGAACAUUGGCGUCGACCCACCCGACAUCGUCAAGACCAACCCGGCGGCCAAGACCGAGUGCUGGAUUGACCCCACAAGCCUGCCAUCCAACAAGGCGAUUGACGCUAUUGGGAGAAGCCUCCAGCAGCAGUUUGAGACACUGAAUCCCAAAGUGCGGUACAAACCUGCCCAGGACCCUGCAAUUGAGGAGACGAAGAAAGUCUGUGUCGGCCUUCGCAAGAAUGCGCGUGACGAACGGACCUUGUUCUACUACAACGGACACGGCGUACCAAAGCCGACAUCUGGCGGUGAAAUCUGGGUGUUCAACAAGAGCUACACUCAGUAUAUCCCUGUCAGUCUAGUUGACCUGCAGGAAUGGCUGGGAAGCCCCUGUAUUUACGUCUGGGAGUGCUCUGGUGCUGGGAGUAUCAUCACCAACUUCAAGCAGAGUGCGCGUCGGCGAGACGAGGAGAUCCGGCAGGCAAACGCCGCGUCAAACGGUGGCGUAAACCAUGACCUCCCAGGCUCGCUCUUCUCCGAGUCGAUCCACCUCGCGCCUUGUUCGGCAAACCAGGUCUUGCCCAUGUCGCCCGACCUUCCGGCAGACCUCUUCACCUGUUGCCUUACUUCGCCAAUCGAGACUGCCCUUCGCUUCUUUGUCCAGCAAGACCCGCUGAAACGUAACAUCCACAGCAGUAGCGAUGACCCCCGAUCUCGGCUGAACGUGGACAUGGUGAUGAAGAUCCCUGGUGAUCUCAAGGAUCGCCGCACGCCUCUUGGUGAACUCCAGUGGAUUUUCACAGCCGUUACCGACACCAUUGCAUGGUUGUCGUUCCCUCGCGAGACGUUUAUGCGCCUGUUCCGACAGGAUUUGUUGGUGGCAGCCUUGUUCCGCAACUACCUCCUGGCGCAGCGCAUCAUGACGACGUACCACUGCACGCCUAUCUCGCACCCCGAGCUUCCAUCGACACACAAUCACCCCCUGUGGGACUCUUGGGACCUCGCUGUGGACGCCUGCCUGGCCCAGCUCCCCGACCUCCUCGAUCAAGAGGCUGCGCGCGAAGCGGCACCCCAGCUGGCAAUCCCACCACUGGUCUACAAGCCAUCAUCCUUCUUUGCCCAGCACUUACAGGCAUUUGAAGUGUGGCUCGACCGUGGUGGUGGCUCGGUCAACAACAAUCUGGCCAAGCAGAUUGUGCGCAAGGAGCCUGAGCAGCUACCCAUUGUGCUCCAGGUCCUGUUGUCGCAAGCUCAUCGCCUGCGAGCGCUCAUCCUACUAUCGCAAUUCGUCGACCUCGGCCCAUGGGCUGUGAACAUGGCGCUCUCUAUUGGCAUCUUCCCCUAUGUCCAGAAGCUGCUCCAGUCACCAGCAGCCGAGCUCAAGCCGGUGCUCAUCUUCAUCUGGGCUCGCAUUCUCGCUGUGGACAAGUCCUGCCAGAUGGACCUUCUCAAGGAGAACGGCUACAACUACUUUGCCCAGAUCUUGGCGCCGUACCCCGUCUCUGGCCAGCCCCUGGUGAUUCCAAAUGCCAACGAGCACCGUGCGAUGUGCGCGUUUAUCCUCGCCAUGUUGUGCCGCAACUUCCGGGCCGGACAAACCGCUUGCCUGUCUUACAACGUCUUCGACCACUGUCUGGCAAGGCUACAGGAAGACGACUGGCUAUUGCGCGCGUGGUGUCUCCUCUGCAUCGCGCAGAUGUGGGCCGACAACGACGAGGGCAAGGCGCUGGGCAUCUCCCACGGCCGCCAGGAGAUUAUGAUGCAGGCUCUGCACAACACGGCCGCGGAGGUUCGAGCGGCUGCACUGUACGCAUUCGGUACCUUCCUUGGCGCGUCCAGUGCCCCCAUCAACUCGGCGGAGCCGCGCGGCGGUGGCGGCAUGGGUGCUCAGAUCAGCAUGGCCGAGCAUGAGCAGCUCGAGCUGGAAGCCGGUCUCGCGUACGCCUGUAUGAUGGCGGUCAAGGAAGACGCUAGCCCCAUGGUUCGCAAGGAGCUCGUUGUCGUCAUUUCUUGUGUCGUCCGCGAGUGGCGCGGCUGGUUUGUCGCGGCAGCAUGGUGUUACUACGAACAGGAGGCCGCACUCGAGCACUCGGACGCCGGAUCCGAUGACGAGCCGGACAUUGUCCAGGAGGCUCUCGAGGCUUGGGUUUCAAGCGAAGACCUCUCGCCAGAGGCUCACCAGGUCAAUCUUACCCUUCUUAGCUCCUUCAAGACGCUGUUUGAAACGCUCAUGGACUUGUCGGUUGACCCUCAUCCCGAGGUUGCCGGUACCGCAUCAACUGUGGUCGACUACAUCGUCGCUCUUCUGUUGGACUCCUCGUUCAACCGUGUUCCCGACACCGCGCUCAAGGGUCUCAACCGACCCAAGGUUGGUGCCCGAUUCGCGCAGGCAUCACAAGCGGAGCCCCCACGAUCGCCAUCGAACAGCACCCACUUAGCCAAGUCGGACGGCCUGUCACCUGUUAAUGGCGGCUUGAAACGCAACACCUCGUUUGGUGGUGCCCUUCGAAGCUUAGCAUCGUUAACUGGCCUUCUUCCAGCCGAAAUCCCAGAGGAAACUCAGGCCCCGGUCGAGACAGUGACGCGCACAGAUGUGGAGCAAUCCCAAUACGGAGCACAGUUCUACAAAUCGCCCUACCCAGACUCGACACACCAGAGAGUGCUCCCAGACGGGGUUGCCCGCGGCGGAGUUCUGGGCACCCGUGUUCGCCACCAGGUCGACCCCACUGCUGUGACGGCUGUGUCGGUUAUCGAAGCCCUGGUGGAGGAGGAUAUGGAGCGCCUCCGACAGCGCCGACUCCGUGGUACCCAGGCCGGUGGCGACGCCGAUGGCAGACUAGCGAACAAUGGUCUGUCUCGUCCCAACGAUCUUGGCCUCGGCAUGGUCGCCGCCGAGGUCAAGGAUGAUGUCGUACCGCUCCGCAGUGGUUUCUUCGACUGGGCCGUCGAGUACUUCCGCGAACCACAGAUGAAGAAGCCCGACACGGAUGAGCCUGGAAGUGUCAGCUACAACCAGCAAGCGUGGCGACACAGCCGCAACGAGAUGCAGAUCCAGCGCUCAAGAGUCAACGAGGACCAUGCCGCCCACCACCGCUGGGACACGGAUGCAGGAACAAUCCACAACGACGCCUGGCCGCUUCAGCUUGCCUUCCACAGCCAUGAGCCCCUUCUGGCCGUCACCGACGACGAGGACAAGAUCUGUAUCUGGGACUGGACAACACGGACCAAGAUCAACAAGUUCAGCAACCACAACCUACGGGGUAGCAGCAUCUCUAGCGUGCACUUCAUCAACGAGACUGCGUCGUCUCUAAUGCUCACCGCGUCUACUGAGGGCAGCAUUAGAGUGUGGCGUGACUACGAUAUCCCUGGCGAGACCAACCUGGCCACGACAUUCCGAGCCGUUUCAGACAUCUUCCCCGUGGGCCACCACAGCGGAGUCUUGACCUCAUGGGAGCAGCGUCGUGGUCACUUGCUUGUUGGAGGCGACAUGCGUGUCAUUCGUCUUUGGGACGCCCACGUGGAACGCCAUGUGCGCGAUAUUCCAACACAGGCUGGCGCCAACCUGACCGCCAUUGCUGCCGACGAGCCUGACGGCAACGUCUUUGUUGCGGGCUUUGGUGACGGUGUCGUUCGCCUCUUUGAUAAGCGUAUCGAUGACGCUGCCGCAACCGCCAUCCGUACUUGGCGCCAGCACCACACGUGGAUCCAGUCGGUGCACAUCCAGCACCGAGGCUACCGUGAGGUCGUGACUGGAAGCAUGAACGGCGAGGUGCGCAUCUGGGACAGCCGUGUGCCGGACACGCCGCUGUACGAGCACAACGUCCAGCCCCAGGGCCUCCAGGCGCUCGCCGUUCACUCUGGCGCGCCCGUGUUUGCAACCACAUCUGCUCCAACACCACACUCCACGCGCCAGCGUCUCGUCGUGCAGGGCUUUGCGACGCCCGAGAAGCCCAAGCGUCUCUCCGCCAUCGACAUUGCCCUGGCACCCACCACGUAUCAGGCCCACCAACACUCGCGCGCCAGCUUCAUGCCGAGCGCCGCGAGCCUCGUCUUCCACCCCGUCGAGAUGGUUCUCGCGGCCAGUGGCUACGACUCGUCGGGCAAUGUGCGGCUCUUCAAGUGCCGCACGCCCGAGGGGCCGCUGAUUGAAAACGGAACAUAUGGAGCUAAUGGCACUGCCAACGGCUACCGCUACAACUAAACCGCCUCCUUGUUUGUGAAAAGCUUGUCUGGGCCGGACAAGCCUGUCUCGUCGUGAGUUGUAUGCAAGAAGAGCAUUAUGCCCGCAUUAGAUAUCCCCCAAAAGACCCCGUCUACAGUCGUAUCGAAGUCGUAAACUACAAGGGCA